UUAAGUUGAUAGUUUUGCUAGCUCGCUAAAAGAAAAAGUGUUUAGAUCAGGUAAUUUGGCAUGGACUCUCCGAGAUCGCCCAUACAACCUCCAACUUACGGAAAUCUGAUUACUGUUCUUAGCAUUGAUGGUGGUGGGAUUAGAGGGAUUAUCCCAGCAACUAUUCUUGUCUUCUUGGAAUCUCAGUUACAGAAACUGGACGGUGAGGAAGCAAGACUUGCAGACUAUUUCGACGUGAUAGCAGGGACUAGCACCGGUGGCUUAAUCACAGCCAUGCUCGGCGCUCCAAAUGCCCAAAACCGCCCUCUGUUUGCUGCCAAAGAUAUUAAAAAUUUUUACCUUGAUCAUUGUCCUAUAAUCUUUCCCCAAGAUAGUUCUCCAUUUGCACCUGCAUCAAAAUUGGUAAAGGCUCUAGUUGGACCAAAUUACGAUGGAAAAUACCUACACGACCUUGUCAAGGAAAAAUUAGGCCAUACAAGAUUGCAUCAGACAUUAACAAAUGUUGUGAUACCAACUUUUGACAUCAAGCGCCUCCAGCCAACCAUUUUCUCCUCUUAUGAGGUGAAACAAAACCCUUCCAUAGAUGCUCUGCUGUCAGAUAUAUGCAUCGGAACCUCUGCUGCCCCAACCUAUCUCCCGGCCCAUCAGUUCGAAAUCAAAGACUCCACUGGCAGAGUAACAAGAGAAUUCAAUCUUAUUGAUGGUGGUGUUGCUGCUAAUAAUCCGGCUCUGGUAGCCAUGAACGAGGUGACGAAAGAGAUAAUGCGGGGAAGCCCAGAUUUUUUCCCAAUAAAAGCAAACGACUACUCUAGAUUCAUGGUCUUAUCGCUGGGGACUGGGUCGCCUAAAUUUGAAGACAAGUACGACGCUCAUGAUGCAGCCAAAUGGGGCAUGUUGGGUUGGUUGACGGGUCACGGUUCGGGUACUCCUUUGAUUGAUGUGUUUACUCACGCCAGCGCUGACAUGGUGGAUUUCCAUCUUUCUACACUUUUUACAGCCCUCCACUCUCAGCACAAUUAUCUUCGCAUCCAGGAUGAUAACCUGGUUGGUGAUGUAUCGUCAAUGGAUCUUGCGACUGAAGAAAACUUGAAAAAUCUUGUGAAAGUGGGUGAGGAUUUGUUGAAAAAACCAGUUACAACGGUGAAUUUGGAGACUGGACAUCUUGAACCCUAUGAGAAUUAUCACGGAACAAAUCAAGAGGCUCUUAUAAGGUUAGCAGAAACACUCUCCAAAGAGAAGCGACUUCGAGACAUGAGAUCACCAAUUGGAAGAUUGGCUGCAGAAAACAAGUUCACAAAUUAAUUACAUUUAAUUAAAAGCUAAAUUACUGGUUCCUUAUUGAUUAAUUAUUCCA